AUGCGCUUCGAAAUCAUGUACGCUCUGUUUGCUACCGUCGCCGUCGCUUUGCCCCGUGGCGGAAACCAGCAGCACCACCAAGAAGUCAAUCUUCCUGCGACUUCAACCUCCAUGCCCAUGUCCUCGUCGAUGUCGAUGCCAAUGAAGCGUGCAACUCCAACUUCCAUGGCCACUCCGACUCCCUCUUCGAAGGUCACCUCGCCGAUGCGAGGCGAGAAGAGACCGGAGCAGAUGAAAGCUGAGAAGAUGCUGAUGCUGUUCUAA